UCAUUUUGCGGAGAAGGCUUGCCAUUGUAAGCUUGUUCUUUAAAAGGGUGAAGGACGUCCCAUCAUUGAGACGGUUAGGUUUCGAAGCUCUACGUGCAAUACCUUUUCCCCCUGCACUUUUCCUUUACCACUUGAGUACUCUGCAAUAUCACUUGAGCCACAUCAAAAAUGUCUCCUGUCAGCGGCGCCAAUGGAACGAGUCACUCAUGGACAUCUCUGCCUCAGGCCAUGUCCAAAGCCGUGUCGUCGCUCAACAAGGCUUUGGAUAAAGACCCUCAAUGGCAAGCCUUCAUCAACACCAAGGCGAUAAUCGAACCAGUGACCAUGGGCGUCCAAUCCGUAGGUUCAGAUGAGGCCAUUCUGGUCCAGGUCGAUUCGGGGUCCAAAACUAGCACUUCGACCGGUCCAGCCUCCAAAGCAGACUUCGUCCUACGGGCACAACCCCAGCAAUGGGAGAAGUUCUUCGACGCGGAUCCAAAAGCCCCCUAUACCAGCUUCGUUGGUCUCCAGGGAAUGAACAUCAAGCAAGAAGGCGUCGGUGUCCACGGCAAUCAAGUCAAAUUCGCACAGUACGGCCAUCUCGCAACUCGCCUGCUUGAGCUUCUGCGCGACGGCCAGCACGGCCCUCUCCAAGAGGACGAACAGCCCGAGACCGACGAGGACCACAUCACGGGCAGAUACAUCUACAUCAACGCUCCAGUGUGGGGUCGCACGAAAGUCUUCUACGAAACGUCCGGCAAUGGACCGCAGCAGAUCGUCUUCUUGCACACCGCCGGCAGCGAUAGUCGACAGUACCACGGCGUCAUGAACGACGCCCGCAUGCGCGAGAAGUGCACCAUGAUCGCAUUUGAUCUGCCCGCCCACGGCAGGAGCUUUCCCGGGAGCAAUCACAUCCCAGGUAACCACACCAACAACGAAGAGGCAUACGUAGGCACGAUCCGGGAGGUGAUCAAAGCCCUCAAGCUCGACAAGCCCAUCGUCUCCGGUGCAAGCAUGGCUGGUCAAGUAUGUGUUGCUGUCGCCAUUCGCGCAGAUGAAGUGGGAGCGGGCGGCACCAUCCCGCUUCAGGGAUGCGACUACCUCACCAUGGACAGACAGUUCAACGAUAAGUCACCUGUGGUGAAUCAGGCGUUGUUCAAUCCUGACUGGAUCUACGGCAUGAUGGCCCCAAAGAGUCCAAAGGUGAACAAGCAACUGAUCUGGCACAUGUACUCGGGCCAAGCCUACGGCAUCUUCCACGGCGAUUUGGAUUUCUAUUUCGGCGGCUUCGACGCCAGAGACCGCGUGGCCAGCAUCGACGUGAAAAAGUGCCCCAUCUACUUCCUCACCGGCGAAUAUGACUGGAGCACGACGCCCGAAAUGAGCCAGGCGACCGCGAAGAAGAUCUCCGGCGCGAAUUUCCAGAGCAUGAAAGGUCUGGGACAUUUCCCGGCCACCGAGGAUCCGCAGAAAUUUGUGCCCUACCUUAUCGACGCGAUUGAGUGGAUUCAGAAAACGCGGCAAUCUUGACGUGGGAAAGAAACCCUGGCAAGUCGGCCAUGCUCCAGAGGGCCGGAAGCCGUUUGCACACUCGGUGCACAUCUCGCCUUUGAGCUAGGUCACAGAAGUCCAAGGGAGCUGUUAGCAUUACAUAUCUGCUGAACAUUGGCGCGAACGUCACCACUUACGCCUCCGGAAGGCAUCGCUUUCAUCCUCUGCCAAACACUCAUGAGACUCGAGAGUGCCUGGAAAAGUAGUACCUGUCCACUGUUUCGAGGCUAGCAGACUUUAAAAUGCGAUUAAAGAGAGGACGGUGCAGAGCGAGCAAAUGAACAGAGACU